GCCUCUGCAAGGACCUUAAUUUAAACCUUGCUCUUAUUUUCUCUGACCCUGACAAACAUCUUUCUCUUUAUCACAAUUCUGAACUGACACGCUGCUCUCUGUAGAUGCAACUGCUGCUGAACAUGCUAAGGUGAACAAGAGAGAAAAAAGAAUAAGAGGUACUGCUAUGUGGAUAUUUGUUAGCAAUGACUGAUGUGGAAUCUACAUAUGCAGACUUUAUUGCUUCAGGAAGAACAGGUAGAAGAAAUGCAUUACAUGACAUCCUUGUGUCCUCUCCGGGUGGGAACUCUAGUGAACUAGCCUUAAAGUUAUCAGAGCUUGAUAUAAAUAAAACAGAAGGAGAAGGAGAUGCACAACGAAAUCCAAGUGAGCAAACUGGGGAGGCCCAAGGGGAGGCAGCAAAGCAAGAAAGCUGACAUCCGACUUUGACCGAGUGGAGCAGCUGCUGGAUGUUUUCAGGCUACAAGAGUGUGCUGGAACAAAUUUGUUUCUAUGAGCAAGCUGGUAGAAAAGAAAGUGCAUGUGUCUUCACUGCUGGAACCCACUCAACACAAUGCUAAAAAUCUGGGUACAAGCUGUGACAGAAGACAGAAUUUUCUCUACCUCUGUCAUUAGCAAUGGUUGAACAUGUAUUGAUUUUUUGGGAUAGUGUCAUCAGAUGGAUCCCUUCAUAAUGACUACUCGAUGGGAGCACUUUUAGAAAGUAGAACAGGUAAAUCUUGUAGCAAAUGGCCUUUGAAGCAUCAGAGGAUCUAAUUGUGUAUCUUAAGCAAAGUCUUGUGUGAUCCUCAGAGUUUAAAAUUCUCUGGCCAAAGUGUUUGCCCAUUAUAAGAACUGUAAAGAAAGCACUGUUUUUAGAACUUUGCAUCUGUUUUACAGCUCUGUUAUUUACAAUGGUUUUGUAUUGUACGACUUAAAUGCUCCACACUGCCCCUUCUCAACUGCUUAUGAAGAAUAUUUCUGUUACUGUGAAUUUUUCUACCACACGUUUUGAAAGGGCUGGUUUUUUGCAUAAGGUGGUGAUGUGCAUAUGAUAGAUCUAAACGUCAACCGCUAAAUUGAUUAUGCCUAAACCCAAAUGACUCAGCAACAAGUAACACUCUAAUUUGUUACUAGAUGAGCCUUCAAAACGAUUUGUUAAUGUGAAUACUUGAGCGUGUGUUGUGUCCUUGGUACAGUUCUGCCACUCGCCUGUAGUUAGUUGCAUAUCAGAGACUCAAAUUGGAUCUUUUACGUUAUUCUUCCCCAUUUUUCUAAUUUUGGUCCCAAUUUCUUAAUCUUUCUCUGAGAUAUUUUUUUAAAAUGUUAUUCCGAGUAUUUUAUUGUUAUGGUAGUUUUAAGGAUACAUUUAUAACCUUAUAUGGGUUAAAAUUCAAAUGAAUUCCAUGGUGCUAGAGGUUUUCCUGAUUCACAUUGUAAAAGAUAGGCCUUGUUUACGCAUGGGAGAAUAACUGGCAUAGGUUAUUGCCAAUUAUGUAUUCUGAAAUGAGUUGUAGAAUGCAGUAUAGUCCAAUAGGUGGCUUCUGGGCUGGAUCCAGCCGGGGAUUGGAUUUUUACUAUUCCUUGCCUUUGCCUCAGUUGACCAGGCUGUUGAGUUUGCAUGGCCACUAGCCUGCUACUGAUGCACCAGAACAGCCAAGUGCUAGAAUCUUCUACAGUAGCCUUGUGGCUUGGAGUUGGAAAGGGAGGUGAGAGACUUGGCAUCUAGCACCCAAAGACUAAGAUUUUUUCCCACUUCAUCUAUUCCAAAAUGACAGUCCAAACUGGGCCUUCAUCAAAAUACCAGGAUAGCUUGUCCAUCCAGGACAUUACUUAAAAUAUCUACGACUUAAUAACCUGUUCUGCAGUAGCUAUUGCUAAUUGAUUUGUUUUUCCCCCUUGCCCUGCCCCAAUACACAAGGCCAUACAUGAGGCUGAAUGCUGCAAAAUGGGGCAGCCACACCUCUGUGUGACUAAGGUGAGUGAAGAGAGUGACUGAUAGUAAACCAUGGCAAUCACACAAGCACCAAUCACAAGGUCAGAAGAUUUGUUUUCUUUUAUUAAUAGGAGGUGAUGUCACUUUAUAUAUAGUAUAUAUAUAUUAUAUAUAUUUUUGUGUUGUUGGUUUCAAAUGUUAUGCACUUUUUAAUGUUUGUAAACUUUUACUAAUGAAUAGUGUGAUUGCUUCCUGAAUAUAUUAAUCAUCAGUUAACAAAACAUCUUUGUGGCCACAGCUGUUUGUUUCUACCAUAUGUAUCAUAGUACUUGUCACCUGAAAAUUUUUUGUGAGAUAUAUGGAGGAAAAAAAACCCACUUCUGAUCAGUAUUAUGAGAUCAUUUAUUAGUGUUAAUAAAAACAAGCCAGCCGUA